GUCGACGCCCGCUCUUGCCGCCGCCAUGAACACGUUCCUCGGCGACCUCCGCGGAAACUCGAGCAACAACACGACGCUGACGAUCAAGUCGAGCCCGCCGAAGACCGCCGCCGUGGCGACGCGCCUCGGCGUGCGCACGGGCGUGCUGACGAAGCGCAACGAGCAGCAGGUCUGGCAGCGGCGCUACUGCGCCCUCGUGCCCCAGACCUUACUGUACUACUACGACGGCGAGCACAGCGAGUCGGCGCGGGGCAUCAUCGACCUCGAGUACUACACCGAGGUCGAAGUCGUCGCGCGGAACACGAUUCGCCUGAGCACGCCGCCGGACAUCCCGCUGCGGUCGUUCUUCUUCAAGGCCGACGACGAGGACCAGUGCGCGGCCUGGGCCGCGGCGCUGACGCGGGAGCGCUACUUCGUCGUCGCCGACGAGCGCGACGCCUACCAGCGGCUCCAGGCGGAGUUCCAGAAGCAGAGCUCGGAGUCCGCGGAGUCGUGCGACCGGCUCCGCGAGGAGACGGCGCAGCGGCGGCGCGCCUGCGAGGCCGCGGCCCUGCGGCUCGGCGACGCCCUCGCGCAGCUCCGCCAGCAGGCCGUGUCCCUCGGGCUCUCGGAGUCGUCGGCCGCGAGUUUGCGGGAGCCGCGCGACGCGGUCCGCGAGGUCGCGCACCGGCUGCACUACCACAUGCGGCGCGCGGCGCACCUCGGCGACGCCGUCGCCGGCGCGGCGGACCAGGAGACGAGCGGCGGCGGCGCCGGGCCCUCGGACGAGGAGCGGCUCCGGACGCUCGACGAUCUACGGGAGCGCGUCGCCGCGGCGAAGAGAGCGCGGCAGCGCGAGGAGACGGCGCGCCUCGCGAGCGAGGGCACGCGGGCGGACAAGGCCGCGGCCCUCGACGACGCCCAGCGGCGCGUGGGCGACGAGGCGAAGAGCCGCGUCGCCGCGGAAACGAAGGCCGCGGAGCUCGCGGACCAGAAGAGAAUUUUGGUCCGCGAGGUCAAGCAGACGCGGAAGCGCGCGGCCGACGCCAAGGCGCUCGGCGCGGAGCUCGAGGCGCGCAAGGAGCUCGGGACGUUGGGCCUGGGCUUGGACGAUUUGGAGGUCGACGAGGAGACGCACCGGGAAUUGGCGCUGAAGCGCGCGGGCCUCGCGCGCGACACGUCGUCGGACGGCGGCGGCAGCGACUCGUGCAGCCUCGACGGCGACCUCGCGGCCCACGCGCGGAAGAACUCGAGCGACCGGCUCGACGAUUUGCUCCGCCGCGCGACGUCGCAGGCGCGCGACGCGGAGCGGCCCAAGCCGCCGCCGCCGCGGCCGCCCGCGGGCGCGAGCCCCUUCGCCAAGGUCUGCCGCCGGUGCGGCGGCACCGUCGAGGGGCCCCGCAACUCGACGUGCAAGUGCGCCGCGCCCCAGAUCGACUAGGCGCCGCGCGCGCGCGCGCGCUUUUUUCUAACGCGAAGCCGCCGGC